GGGUACUUCCUGAGUACCCCUUUGCCAGGACACAUUAACCCCUCGCCUACCGGGCACUUCUACCCCCUUCCUGCCUACCGGGCACUUCUACCCCCUUCCUGCCUACAGGGCACUUCUACCCCCUUCCUGCCUACAGGGCACUUCUACCCCCUUCCUGCCUACCGGGCACUUCUACCCCCUUCCUGCCUACAGGGCACUUCUACCCCCUUCCUGCCCACCGGGGCACUUCUACCCCCUUCCUGCCUACAGGGCACUUCUACCCCCUUCCCGCCUACAGGGCACUUCUCUACCCCCUUCCUGCCUACCGGGCACUUCUACCCC